AUGAGCUCUGAAGGCGAGCGUGGGCAUAGACACCAUCGUAAGCAUCGUCAUGAUGAUACAGAUGAGAGUGUUGAUGAGAUAGAAAACUCUGAUCAUGAAGAAAAGCCUUCUAAACAUUCAAAACAUGAUUCAGACAACGAAGAAAAACAAAAAGAAAAGAAGUCAUCUUCUAAAAAUGAUGAUGCUACAAAGGCUUAUGAAUAUGAUCCAGAUUUCCAUGGAGCAGUUCCAGAACGUAAAUGUACAGAUUGCUGCAUGUUAAUUAUAUUCAACAUCUUCUUAGCAGGUAUGAUUGCUCUCUUUGCUUACUCCCUUACCCGUUCCAACCCCAAGUAUCUUUAUAUCCCUACAGAUUACAGAAAUCUUUUGUGCGGAUACGACAAUUCCAAACUCAAAGUUGAUAAUUCUUCCCUUCUCCCUAAUUUAGAAGACCGCCCAUACUUGUUCUGGGUCAGACCAGGAAAGAAAGGCUAUGUUCGCUCAUUCUGCGUCAAAGAGUGCCCAACUGAAGGUCUUUUCUCAGAUGCAUUCCUUGCAAACUUAAUAGACCAAGAAUUACACAAUGAUACAAUUGGUGGCGAAAAAGAUGAAAAAUGUCACGAUUCAAACGUUACAAAACGCACAGUUCCAGGCUACAAAGUACCAGAGAACAGUUCAGAUGUUUCUUAUUACUGCGCAUACGCCACAAAGCAAGUUCUGAAGAGAUGUAUGCCAACAACUGACGCUCUUCCAGAUACAGAGGUCAAUUUGUCCGAUUACACAAAGAUCUUCAAGGAAUCACUUAGCGCUCAGACUCUUUUGACCGCAUUUUCGGACAUUUUCAAUGCCAAGUGGUAUAUUGCCAUUUUCACAGCCGCUUCUCUUGUUUUAGCCUUUAUUUGGAUUAUAUUACUCAGAUUCACCGCCGCAUUCUUCGUUUGGUUCACUGUUCUCCUUGCAUUUGCCGUAUCUGCCUUAAUCACAGCUCUUUGCUACGGAAUGAAGACAGACUACUUCAAGAUGGCCGGCAAGACCCAAGCCUACACUCUUGGCUUGAUUUCUAAGGACCUCAACGCCAAGAUAUUCAAUGUUUUGUUCUGGGUCUGCAUUGCAUGGGACAUUGUCUUCACCCUCAUCUUCCUCUUCCUCUGCGACAGGAUCAGGAUCUCCGUCAACAUCAUCAAGAUCGUUUCCAAGGUAUUUGGCCAAGUCAAGACCUUAUUUAUUUUCCCUAUCUUCAUCUACAUCCUCAUGUUCAUCUGGUGGAUCUACAUCAUCGGUGUUGCCAUUGUUAUCUACGGCGCAGGCACUCCUGUCUUUAUUUACGAUUCAAACAUCGGAAACAUGGUCGAAUACAAGUACGAUCAGAUUCUCAAAUACCUCUCGAUCUACCACUUCUUCGGAUUCCUCUGGGUUUCCGUUUUCAUCUCUGAUCUCGGCGAGAUGGCUCUUGCUGGCGUUUUCGCAGCCUGGUACUUCAACAAGGAUCCACGUCGCGAGCACAUGGGCAAGAUUCCAGUACUCAGAAGCUUCGGAAGAGCUUUAAGAUAUCAUAUGGGUUCUCUUGCAACAGGAUCAUUGAUUAUCGCUAUCUGCAAAUUCAUCAGGUACUGCAUUGAGUACAUCCAGCUCAAAACAAAGGACGCUCAGUCCACAUUUGUCAAAUGGAUUGUCAGAUGUCUUAUUUGCUGCUUCAAAUGCCUCGAAAAGUUCCUCAAAUACAUCAAUCGCAACUGCUACAUCCUCAUCGCCAUCCACGGCUACAACUUCUUCCAGGGAUGCAAACACGCGUUCGAACUCAUCACUAGAAACAUCGUAAGAGUUGUAACAAUCAACUGGGUCGGUGAUUUCACUCUUUUCCUCGGAAGAGUCUUCAUUUCUGGUAUUGCAACAGCUGUUUCUCUCUACAUCUUCAUGAAGAAAGAGGAUAUAGAGUUCUACUGCGUUCCUGCAGCUGUUGUUUUCGUUCUCAGCUUCAUUGUUUCUGGUGUAUUCACUGAGUUGUUCGAAAUGGGCAUUGACUCAAUGUUCCUCUGCUUCAUGGAGGAUUGCGAGAGAAAUGAGGGACACGAGAUGUACACACCAGAAGAGUUGAGAUCUUGGAUCCACAAAGAUAAGGAAAACUCUAAUGAAGAAAACCAAAGUUAA